UGCAUAUCCAGACUGAGUGAAGUGAAAUGUUGUGGAUUUAGGAGCGCAGCGGCGGGUUGGAGGAGGGCGCAGCGCUUUGAGAGACUUUUCUCCGGACGAGAAAAGAAGCUGUUGGUGGAUCGAUACUGCCAGUUCUCUUUCCAGGGGGCGGUGUCUGCGACUCCCAAGUCUGUGUCUAUUUUUUCCUCAAAUCAUGCCACGUUUGAGAUCACGCCUGAUGGGCUGAGCGACCAUCAUCCUCCUCCUGUUUACGCACAGCUGCACUCAGAGGAGACCGAGCCGAAAAGUUACCCAAGUUGUCUCUCUCUCUCUUUUUUUUUUUCUUAAAUUUUCCAAAUAUCUGGGGCCUCGACUUCUCGCGCUGUCCUCCGACCCGCCCCAGCAAUGCUGGACUGACGUCUGGAGGGAUGGCAUCAGCUGUGUUUGAGGGCACGUCGCUGGUCAACAUGUUUGUGCGGGACUGCUGGGUCAACGGGAUCCGGAGGCUCAUCAUCAGCCAGCGCGGGGAGGAAGAGGAGUUCUUCGAGAUAAGGACAGAGUGGUCUGACAGGAACAUUUUAUACUUGCAUCGGAGUUAUUCCGAUCUGGGGCGGCUGUUUAAAAGACUGGUAGAGUCCUUUCCCGAGGACAGAAGAGACCUGUCCAAGUGUCCCCUGAUAGAAGGGCUUGUAAAAAUCAAAGAGGCAAACGACAUAGAGGAGAAACUGAACGAGGUGGAAAGACUACUGAAGAACGCGAUCAACAUGCCAUGCAAGUAUUCCAGGUCGGAGGUCAUGCUGACUUUCUUUGAGCGCUCACCGCUGGACCAGGUGCUGAGGAACGACAAAGUCCACAGAAUCCAGCCGUGCUUCCAGAGUCCAAUCAAGAUAUCAGAAAUCAUGCGAUCCAAUGGAUUCUGUCUGGCCAACACGGAAACCAUUGUAUUUGAUCACAGCCUCCCUGAAGAAAAAGAGAGACCCUCAUCCACCGACUCUGUGGAACAUACAUAUGAGGAUGGAACAGAGUUUUUGCCAAUGGAAGCAGACGUGUGUGACGAGGAAACAGAGGCGUAUGUCACCAACCUUUCCUACUACCAUCUGGUCCCAUUUGAAACUGACAUCCUGGAAUGAGGAGCAGACGCCCGUUGAUGGACACACAACACUGUCGCUGAGGAAUCAGUGGAACCGAGCUAUGCAACGCUGCACAUGGCUGCGCCGAGUAAAUGCUGCUGCUGCUUAUUCUAGAAACCUCCACUUAGAGCGACGUCACCGGCGUGCCUCAUUCAGAGCCUUACCUGACGGGAUCGUCUUUAUGCUGACUGGACAGCCGUGGAGGUCGGUCAGACACAUGGAUGUCUGUGGUUUGGAGUGUGACUGCAACCAGAGGGGAGAGAGCUGCACAUCAACCUAGAUUUGCAGACAAAUUUACGGUAUUGGACCAUUUCCUGUUACUUUAAAACUUCUUUUUCUAUCUCAUUUGUUUUAUCUUUCACAUUUAAUCUCCAGUGGACCUCCAUGAUGGCAUCGGCGUGGUUUGCCAGGAGAUACGUGAUCAGCAAGGAUUGUUGUUUUCUCUUUUAGGCUGCUCCCUGCAGUGUUAUUCACAGUGUUGCCACUCUGGUGUUUUAUUCCUGUGAGAACACAGGAAGCCAACAUGAAGGUUUGUGUAUGAUAUUUGUUUAUGGUGCAGCUUCCACCAGCAUUUAGGAACUCUUGUGUUUGUCAAAUACCAGCCUGAAACUCAUUGGGUAAUUCCUGUUUUCUUGCUGGGAGAUGCAGUUGGUUCUUUGGCAUGAGAGUACUCGAGGAUCCAAGUGAAACUAGACGACAUGGGUUUGAUAACAGAUAAACACGAGUGUGAAGUUUAGACGCCACUAAAAAUGAUGAAGAAUAGAAAUCAUAGAGGAAGAUUUGGUCCAGUGUCUUCCUGAUGUAAGCAUAAACCAAAAACUUGACACAACCCCAAUUCCAAAGAAGUUGGGAAGCUGAGUAAACCAUAAAUAAAACAGAAUGAGACAAUUUCCUAAUCUUUUUGACACAUGCUGAACUGAAAACAGUACAACGAUGAUAUGUUUAAAUUUUGACCUCAUCAGCUUCAUUGAUUUUUGUAAAUAUCUGCUUAUUCUGAAUCUGAUGCAGCAACAUGUUUCAAACUAGUUGGGACA